CAAGACGCAAGCCAAUGUCCACAUGGCCAAAGUAGUAUAUGUAUUAUUGUAUAUAUUCUUACCGAACAGAAGUUACUUUAUAUAUAAAAUUAAAUGUUACACUUAUUUUUUUUUUAUUAUUGCAAACUUUAAAAUAUCAGCUGCUAUUUUGGAAAAUAUAGCAAAACAGGUGAAUGGUUUGCUUUGUAAGUAGUGGAUAAAGCGUUUCCAUACUUCUGUAAUCCUGAAACUGUGGGUGAGUGCAGAAGUUAUACGAAUUGUUUUGAAUUAAAACAGCAAUGCCUAUCAAUUCAAGUAAACCUUUGGAGCCACGCAGCUUUAUUAUUAUAAGGCCGCUUCCCAUUAGCCCUCCAAAGGGACAGAAACUCCAGGCAAGAAGCGACACUGUGUAUAGCGCCUGGGAACCAUGCAGGGAGCACGUCUUCAGGGAGAAUUACCACCGGAGACAGAAGCAGCUCAGCCAGCAAGGCUACUGGACAGCUAGCGGGAGACUGUACCAGGAGAUUGGAGAGCCGCUUUACCUCGACCCGAAGAAACUAAUCCUUCACUCGCUGGGGCAGCAGGACCAGAUAUGUAAAGAUGAGCAUAACAUCAGAACAGAAGACAUACAAGAAGAUAACACAAGUGAAGCAGCCCUGGGCUCAGGCACCGAGAGGAAGGUUUCAUCAGAAAAAUGGCUUCAUCUGAAGAACAGAGAGAACGAACAAAAAAUUCUCAAGAGACACCUGUCUCAUACAAGACAGCUGGUGUCCGCAGUGAAGCAGGGUCGGGGUUAUUUCCAGAUGCUGCAGAGGGAAGAGUGUGAUCUGCGUAAUGCCCAGCAGGAGGAGCAGCGGAGCUUCUCUGAGAGCCAGCGCACUGAGUGCCAGCCCCCCAAAUACUCCUCUGACAAGGAGGUUACAGAGAGUUUUUUCAGAACUGAAAUACCUGCACAGCGAAGCGGCUUGUACAGGAAAUCUUCCAAGAAGAUUUCUGCCGUGCGACCAUUCACCCCGGUUCACUCCUCCCUUACCUGCCCACGAGUGACCGAAACAUCUGUAGAAACGGUUUUUCGCCAGCUGUGUUCUCUGAACUGGCUCUUGGAGGCUUUAACUGCAGAGCCUGCAGGUGGUGCAGGGCCUGUCUCUUCCUGCUGGAGUUUAAAAGAUCCGGGUGGAAGCAAGAUGACAGUGAAGAGACUGAAUAAAGAAAAAGCCAUCGAGACAAAAUGGAACCACUUUAUUACACAGCCUAAGCCAAGAAAGUCUGCCUCCAGGAUCCUUCGCAAAGUAUCAGUGAGGUCCAGGAACACCUUCAUGAGCUCCUCCCGGCUCAGCGUGAUGUCAUCCACUCUGAGCAUGUCUUCCCUGACCCCCGGCUCUGAGGACCUGCCAAUGGGAGCCUCAGGGGGGGCUGUGGGAGGAGUCUGUGAGAGCCAGGACAGCCAAUCCGCAGCUAACAUCUCUGCACAGCAUCAGGACCAAGAGGAGGAGGCACCGCUGAGUGACUACCUGCAGAAGCUGUUAGAAUCUGUUCAUCAGGCUGUGGACAAGGAGCUCCACAACACAGACCAGGAGAAAAAACAUCCAAAUGAAAGCUCUUUAGAAUCCAAUUACAUCAGUGGAAGAGGAAGUCGGGAUAAGCAAGUGGGAACGGACACAAAACCACAGAGGCCUAAAAGCUCUCCUGCAAAUCGAUGCUCUGAAACCAGUCAGUUCAUUGCAAGUAAAUCUUCACUGUCAUCGGAGAUGAGAGACAAAUUCAAUGAGACGGCUGAGGAAGCUGUAUUGUGUCUGCAAGACACUUUGGAAAACACUGCUAAGAAGCGUUGGGAGAACAGUACGCGCAAGUUUCAAUCUCUGGAAUACGUGACAGACUUCCACCGGGACAUCAGUCUACUAAGAGCAGCAGCAAAUAAAUCUGACAGCAGGGAUGAGAACAGUCAGAAGAGCACGACGUGCUGCCCCCUUUGUUUGCUCUGGGGUAGGUUUUCCGAGCUCCUGUCACUUAUUCCUAAAGCCAUGCUGGAGAGCCACAAUGUCCAGAGCAUCCUGGGAAAGCUAUCCCGGCUUUGCCACAAGCAGAGCCUGAGAGUUGGGCCCAGCCACUUCCUGAAGGUUCUGAGUGGGAUCCGGAUGUGGGAGCUGUGCUCUCCGGAUCUCUCUGUAGCGAUUGAGAUUGUCCGGGAGCACAUUGUGCAGAUGUCAAAAGAAGACUAUGAAGCCUGGCUCCUGCCUAGAGUAGGACUGCCCCAGAGAGUGAGGAGCGCCCCAGCAGUGAGAUAAAAGCCUGCCAGAGAGGAAGAGAUCCUGCAUCCUACAUCUACUCAGCAAGAAUUCCUAUAGGUCUGUAACAGAAGAUGCUGCACAAUAUUUCUGCACCGGUUGAAAUCCAAUUCCCAAUUCGUAUGCCAUGAGAAAACUACUAGUCUUCAAACAUAUCAUAUAAUUUUGUAUUUAUUUUUAAAGAAUAUUUUAGAAAUGGUGAUUUCCUCAGUGACAUGUUAAAGGUAAAGUUUAUAUUUCAUGUAUUUUUAUAUAUUUGUAAAGAACAGGCGCAGACUGAAAAUAGAUAUGCUCAGCCUGCUGGACACACGCAAAAAAAAUGACAAUAUCACAAUAAUCUGUUUUUACUUCGCUUCCUGACUUUUAUACAUCAUAAAACAUGAAAUGCUGAAAACAGGGCAUUCCUGUAAAACAGGACUUUUACACAGUCAUGUAAACAUGGCUGACAGUGAAUUUACCAAUGCUGAAGUCAGUUACAGGUGUGUGCUGAACCCCGAGGUGUCGGUUACAGGUGUGUGCUGAACCCCGAGGUGUCGGUUACAGGUGUGUGCUGAACCCCGAGGUGUCGGUUACAGGUGUGUGCUGAACCCCGAGGUGUCGGUUACAGGUGUGUGCUGAACCCCGAGGUGUCGGUUACAGGUGUGUGCUGAACCCCGAGGUGUCGGUUACAGGUGUGUGCUGAACCCCGAGGUGUCGGUUACAGGUGUGUGCUGAACCCUGAGGUGUCGGUUACAGGUGUGUGCUGAACCCUGAGGUGUCGGUUACAGGUGUGUGCUGAACCCCGAGGUGUCAGUUCAGCCUCUGAUGCUGAUCAGUUGCAUGAGAGAUAAAGACUAUGACAUUAACUAAGCAAAUGUAUUCCGAGACCAUUCCUUUACGCUAUUUGGUAUUACUUACAAGUAAUUGCCAACUUGCUUGCCAAACUGCCUGUCCUGUACAGUGAAAUAAUCAUUUAAAAAAAAGCAAGUUUAAUGUGAUAAUGACAUGCAUGUCAGGAACACUUUCAGUGUUGGGAUGAAGAAGUAUUUAAUUUUAAAAUAACCGAUUCAACAUUAAGAUAAAUAUUGAUAGUGGAACUUGUGGGGUCUAUUUAAUUUCACAGCUAAUGCACUGUAGCGUAAUUGAGUUUAAAAUGGUCCUAUACAGUAAGAAAUCACUGACAAAGAGUAAUUUGAGUAAAUUGCUUUGCUCCAACAAGUGAAAUGUUUUGCUGCUUCAGCUUUCCUUGCUAUAACUGUUUUGUUUCACUAGGGGGUGUGAUUGCAUUUAUGAUACUUUUCAUGUCUUGUUGGAUGUACUUGUUUAUUGGUUAUGUAUUUGAAUUAUUGUGCAUUUUAAGAAUAUAUGAUUAAAAACAAUGUAAACGAUG